AAAAAUCAUAUGAUUUGAUACCUUUUACCCAAACAAGCUUUAAUCAUAUAUCUCCACUUUAAUGGGUUAAAUUUCUUGUUUAUAAAACCCUCAAAAAAUUGCAUCUUUUUGGUUUUUGAACAUCUCUCUUAACCAUUCAGCUGUUCAUGAACAGGUUUAAGUGAGUCUAAAUGGCAUCUACGUCAACACAAUUUGUGACUUCUAGAAGGAUGGGCAUGUACGAUCCACUCCACCAUAUUAACAUGUGGGAUGACGCUUUCGGAUGCGAUAUUAGCCCCAACACGGGUCCUUCUUCGAUCACCCAAGUAACUGAUACAAGGCAAACUAACAAGACGGAAUACAAUUCUCAAGAAUCAUUAGGACCUUCAGUGGACAAUCAAGAAGCAAAAACCAUGUCUGAUAAGUUGCAAAGAAGAUUAGCACAAAACCGAGAAGCUGCGCGUAAGAGUCGUUUGAGAAAAAAGGCAUAUGUUCAACAAUUGGAAACAGGUCGUUUGAAGUUGGCACAAUUGGAGCAGGAACUUGAGAGAGCAAGACAACAGCGUGUGUACAAUGGUUUACUUAACACAAGCAAUGGUGUAUUAUCUACUAAUGUCAACUCCGGUAUCGUUGCCUUUGAGAUGGCAUAUGAUUUGUGGGUUGCCACACAACGAAAGAAGGACAAUGAACUUAAGGAGGUGUUGCAAAGUCAAGUAAGCGAACUUGAGCUUAGGAUGUUUGUCGAUAGUGGCUUGAACCACUACUAUGAACUUUUCCAACUGAAAGUUAACGUUGCGAAAGCCGAUGUGUUCUAUUUGAUGAAUGGGAUGUGGAGAUCACCUAUUGAAAGGUUCUUCCAGUGGCUUGGAGGACCAAGGCCAUCAGAGCUUCUAUAUAUGCUAAUGCCACAACUUGAGCCAUUAACGGAUGCACAACUUGUGAGCGUUUCAACUCUGAAACACUCUUGUCGACAAGCCGAGGAUGCACUCAGUAUAGGAAUGGAAAAGCUUCAACAAACUCUCGCUCAAGGCAUCACUAUUGACAUAACCGGAGUUGGAAGUUAUAAGUCACAAAUGACCUUGGCAAUGGAAAGACUUGAAGGAAUAGAAAAUUUCUUGAAUCAGGCAGAUCACCUACGACAACAAGUGUUGCAACAGAUGUCUCGAAUCUUAACCCCACAUCAAGCUGCAAGAGGGUUGCUCGCAUUAGGAGAGUACUUUCAACGUCUUCGGGCACUAAAUUCACUUUGGUCGGCUCGAUUUCGUGAACCCAUAAGUUAGAACUAAGUUCACAUAUGUGAGCCUAAAAGUUACAACCACAACCAAAUUCUUCUUGGUCAUGUGAAUCUAUGAGAGAUAUGUAACACUACUGAUCUAUAAUGUCCAAAGCAUAGAAGUUAUUAUGUUUGCCUAAAUAUGUAAAUAUAAAUUCGAUCUAUAUGAGAGUGGUUGUCGAUCAUAGUAAA